AUGUGCAGCAAGACCAAGCAGCAGCAGCAGCGGCGGCAGCAGCAGCAGCAGCAGCAGACACCGCAGCAGCAGCAGCAGCAGCAGCAGCAGCAGCAGCAGCAGGGUCGUCCCGUCUCCGAGCCAGAAUUUAAGUCCCAAGUGCUGGACUCUCACGGGCUGCACCUCGUCGAGUUUUACGCGGACUGGUGCGGCCACUGCCAGCGGUUUGGCCCCGUCUACGAACAAGUCGCAGACGCUCUUCGAGGGUUUGUGUCUGUUGUUGCUGUUAAUGACGAGCAGCUGAUGCAGCAGUUCGAAGUUUCAGGGUUUCCCACGGUCAUGGUCAUUGCCGGCAGAGGGGGCAACAAACCCAAGAGUUUCAAAUACGAAGGCAGCAGAGACGCAAAUUCAGUUUUGGAAUUUGCUGUUACUCAUAUUGGAAAGCUUGCGAGGGCCCGGCUGGCCGGGAAGAUGGACUCUGGCAGCGGCAAGAGCAGCAGCAGCAAAAGCAGCAGCAAAAGCAGCAGCAGCAGCAGCAGCAGCAGCAGCAGCAGCAGCAGCAAGCCCAAGAGCAACGGCCAGGCAGACGUGAUUGAGCUGAAGGACUCGAACUUCGAGAGGAUGGUGAUGCAAGAUGAAGAGAACGUAUGGUUCGUGGAGUUCUACGCCCCCUGGUGCGGCCACUGCAAAGCCCUCGCCCCCAUUUGGGCUGCUGCAGCAGCACAGCUGCAGGGGAAGGUGAAAGUGGCAAAGUUGGAUGCAACAGCAGAAACAGUGACAGCAACAAAGUUUUCCAUUCAG